ACAGUUUCAGGCUCCAUACAGACUGUAAAUCCAUGAAAAAUGGACAAGCUGUUUCAUUUGCUUUUUUUUUCAGGAUUCUGGUCAUUUACUGAGGGCAUCUCACGUGAAUAUGUUCUAAUCCAGGAACAGAAGACUUGGUAUGGGGCACAAGCUUAUUGCAGAGAGAACCACAUUGACCUGGCCACUGUUCAAAAUGAUGAUGACUGGGCAAAUCUACAAAAAACAGUUUAUAAUAUGGCUAAGAUGGCUUGGGUUGGACUGUACAAUGACAUUGAUAGCUGGCGUUGGAGUUAUAAGGAUGAGAAAAUUACAUUCCAGAUAUGGUCCACUGGAGAACCAAACAACUACGCUGGAGAAGAAGCAUGUGGUUUGCUCCAAAAUAGCAAAUGGAAUGAUUGGAAUUGUAACGGACUAUUUCCAUUUUUUUGCUCCAAUGAGAACGGCACAAAUAGGUUUGUUUUCGUUAGAGAUGACAAGACCUGGAAGGAGGCUCAGAUCUACUGCAGACAGUAUUACACAGACCUGGUCAUCAUUCGGAAUCAAACUGAGAAUAACCAGCUGACUGUGAUGAGUCCAUAUACAAGUGCUUGGAUUGGUCUUUUCCGAGACACGUGGAAAUGGUCGGAUGCAACAAAUGUCUCCAAUUCCUCCGUUACCUGGCUGACUAAUCCAGACAUGAUUACUCUGCAAAGACCUUGUGGAGUUUCAGAUACUGGUAUGAUCAGUUAUGAGGUCUGCACAAAGGUCUUUCCUUUCCUCUGCACGCACCGUACAAAGACACAGAUUGUGAGAGUGAAAAUAAAAAGUGGUCAUGAUCUAAAUAACCCUACAAUGCUGAAGACUAUCUUGCAGUGGACAAAGCUGAAGCUGAAGGAAUGCGGGAUUGAAAAGGAAACAAGAGUGGCAUGGAGAAUUCAGCCAAAUGGAAAAGUGUUUUCACAUGCUUGAAAACAAAAUAUUAGUCGUACAAUUGUAAGUUGAUUUAUCAAAUUUUUCGGAUUUUCAAGAAAUUAUGGACUUUCUUCUCUCUUACACUCUCCUCGUGUGCACUUUGUUUGAGGGGGCAACAGAGAUGGCUCACUUUCACUCCAGCUGUGUUCUCAGAAGGAUCUGUUUCAGUACAUUAGAACAUUAUUAGUACAUUAAAAAUGUUUUAAUUAUGUUAAUUCAGCAGUACACAUAAAAAGAAUAUAGAUGUAUGAUCUUAAAACAUUGCUUAAACACUUUCAUUUUCAUUCAAGUUCUAUUUCAGUACAGCUUAGAUUUCAUUGAACAGUGGGGGGAGUCCGUCUGUUUCCUGAUAACAAUCACUUUUAUUUACUUGUAAUGAAACACUUUUUGUUUGAAAAUUUACUGU